UUUCACCCAGUUCCUCAGACCUCCUCCAGGGCUGAGCCUGCCACGAGGAUGCGAACACCAGCUGGGAUGGGGAUGGGAGCCCCAGUGCUCCCAUGGCUGCUGAUGCUGCUGAUGAUGUCCCACUUAGCCCAUGCAGCCAUCCUGGAGGUGAAUGGAAACCUGAACUGUAGAUGCAUAAAGACAACCUCAGACUACAUUAGUCCAAAGAGAUAUGAAAGCAUUGAGAUAAGACCCGUGGGGAGCACCUGCAGGCGUACAGAGAUCAUAAUUAAGCUGAAAACCUCAGGAAAGGUGUGUGUGGAUCCUGAUGCCCCUUGGGUAAAGAAGCUGCUGAAGCGUAUUGCUACCACGAAGAAAAAAUAAGUUUCCCGUGAAGGAAGCUGACGCUGAGAGCCCUGAGAUGCGCUGGCAGAUGAUGCACAGGAACCUGGUUGCUCCCCACUUCGCCCUUCCUUCCCUCCCUUGUCCCGAAAGUCCCGUGUCCAGCCCCAGCAGCAGCCGCUGCAGGGAGGGCAGUUCGCUGAUGACCCAGCCCCAUGGCAGGUUCUGGAGGUGUUUCCCCUCUGCAUUCAGUCCCUGGAUGAACGUGAAUGUGAACCCUGCAUUUCUUUACUCUACCAUACACUGCGAAGGGGCCGCUCCUGCCUCUGUAGGAACAACUUUGUGACUCUUUCCAUGCAGAGCGCUCAUUGGCACGGUGUGUCUGUGGUCUUUGUUACACAGCAUGGCAUGUCCUGGCGUGAGAGCUCAAGUCAAAUAAAAUUCAGGGUGUUUUCCAUU